GCAAGUGUUUGAUGCCUAAUCUGAGAACUCACUAACUCUCAGAAGAUAAACUUUGCAUAGUCAAGAGGAUUUUAUUACACAGCUGUGUUUUUUUGACAUACUGGUGCUCCAGGAAGAGUAAUGGAGACAGAAGAGAGGGAGGAUGUAUCACAAAAACCCACAGCUAAUAAAAAGGCAGAGACAGAGGAAAAUGUGACCUCUGGCCACACCUGUGGGGUGUGUGGCCGCAGCUUUCCUCUCCUCAGCUCUCUGUCACAGCACAUGAGAAGGCACACGCGGGAGAAGCCGUACACGUGUCCAUACUGUGAGCACAGGACGGCUCAGAAGGGCAGUCUGAAGGCCCACAUUCGAAGCCAUAAGCUGGGUUUAUUCAGCCAUAACCUCAGUGACAAAGAGGGGGACGGGGAUCUAGAGCAGAAAGAUAACCCAGAGACAUCCAACCCUCCUGAAAUCGUCAGCACGUCUAAUAAAGCUCAUACUGUCAACGGGAAAGUGAAGAAGAAAGGAACCAAGAAAAAAGUAAAGAGUAAAGGUGUUGAGGUCGGUGAAGGGGCUGAUGAUGUGUCCUGUACCUGCACCAUUUGUGGCCAGGUUUUCCCUCAGGUACUACUCCUUAAAACCCACAUGAAAAGGCACCGCAGCUCCCAGGAUCAUGGUUGCCGGAUUUGUGGACGCCGUUUCCGCCAGGCAUGGUUCCUCCAAAGUCAUAUGCGCAUACACCGGGUCAAAGCCCAGCUAAGAGGUGGCAAAAGCAGUGAGCUGCCUGCCACCAUCAACGGAGUUCCUCAGGACUCAGCAUCGCUGACAAAUGAAGAGUGCCUCUAUGAACUCUGUGCCAGCUGUGGGAACUUCUUCUAUGACCGCAAGGCAUUACGAAUUCAUGAAAAGCUACAUAAACCGAACCACAGCCGCACUCAGACACAAAAUCCACCACAGGACGACACUGUUUCCUCAGAGCCGCACAGUGCUAAGAGGCAUUUUUUGGAAAGCCUCAACCUCACAUGUGCUGAGGCAAGGGACACUCCUGAGGACAAGAGCCUGGGCAGGCGAAUUCCAGAACUGGAUCCGGUUUGCAGCUACCAAGCAUGGCAGUUGGCCACAAGGGGACGACUGGUGGAGGCCGCAGAGAAAUGUCUGGGAUGGGAGGAGAGGCUAGCAGAUGCGGAGGUGGCAUACGACACAGAGAAGGGCGAGUAUGUUCCUCUGAAACAGGAGAAGAAGAGGAAGCAAAUCGACGCCUCCAGCUCCACCGUCAAGAAAAUUAAGGGUGAUACAGGCCUCGAUCACACAUCCAACAACUUGGCUCACAGUAAUAAAGGUGCUGACAAGAGGAUUUCCCAGAAAGACCGUAUUCUGUUGAACGGACUCGGUCAUGCGUUUUAUGAGGCGCUGCAGACUAAGAAAGUAAAAGAUGUUCACCUCACUCCUAAACAGACCAGCAGCACCAGGAGCCAAGAUCAGGAGGAUAAAAAAACAUACUUCUGCGAGCACUGUGAUUUCCACACUGUUGACGCCUCACUACUCAGGUCACACCUGCACAGGCAGCACCAGGACUUCCUGGGUCCCUACAGCAAACACAGCACCAUUUUGGACAACAUGAACCAGAGUGGUCCCAAAGCCUCAAGAUACAUGGACUACCUCAGAAACAGGAGUGUGUUGCUCAGUCAGUCAUACUGGAAUCCUUACACAUGUCCGCUCGGCCAGGGGUCAGCAGAGUCAAGCAUUAAAACAGAGAAGUCAAAUACUGCUGAGGUUACAGGGCAGGGACAAAGCACUAAUGACACUGGAAAUCUCCUUAAUCUGUCUUCAUUACCUAUGAGUGAAGGAGAUGGCACUGUAAAUUAUUCCGUUAAGACAGAGGGCUUGGUGAGACAUCAGUGCCCAUACUGCUCCCAUACCACCAACUACCCAGAAGUACUGUGGAUCCAUCAGAGGGUUGCACACAGGGUGGAUGGCAGCAGUACCAUGGCACCCAAGUGGGCACCCUGCACCAACAGCCCCAAGAGUUUAAAGGUGGGUACUACCCUGUGGAGACGCACGGGGCCUCCGCCAUUCCUGGAAGGCAAGGACUGCCCUACUUUACCUGCUCCAAGAACUCAGCGCACACAGCCUCCAGGUUUGACAACCCAUAGCAGCAGCAGCAGCAGCAGCAGCAGCAAGCACCCAGCCCCCAAGACCCAAUCAGGUGUCCCUAAGUCCAAGCACCAGUCUAAGGACUCACGCUCCUCAGAAGGGACGCAGUCGAGUGGGAGGAUGGGACCCCUACCUCAAAAGAAGUCUGGUGAACACAACCGGACAGAGAAGGCAAGAAGUAAAAGCUCCAGCAACCAAGCGACUUCAUCAAGCAGUUUUGUUCACAGCAAGAGUGCCCCGAGUUUCCAGCCCACAAGCAGCCCCAAACACAGAGGCCAUAGAGCAGCAGUCGAAGGAAACUUCCCACAGGAGGGUUUGGGUUUCAUGUUGGCCAGAAACCAUGGCGGGACUUCAUCUAACGCCUCUGCAGAUAGACCUCAUUCCCGCAGGCAGUCGUGUGACUCUUCUUCAGGUCCAAAGGGUCCUGAUCUGUGGGCUGCAAUGAACAUGUGGGGUCACAAAGCAUAUUUAGAACCACUUCGUUAUGCUCAGGUAAAGAAUGAAUCAUCAGGAGAAAUGCCAAUGGACAUUAAUAUUUUGAGUCUCCUGAAAAACUACAGUCCCCAUGAUUUGGCUGCUCUUUACCAGCACUGGGGAUUUGUUGAUCCCAGGAUUGAUCCACAAGCAAUGUUGCAGUUAAAUGGAAAUUUUGGAAAAGAUGUCCACUCCAACUCCGAAGCUUCUAAACAAGUGAACAGCCGCUCCACUUCCUCCUCAGGGUCUCUUCAUAAGGGAACGUGA